AUGGGGAAGGAGGAAUACAUGAAGUGGCCAGGUAAGAUGAAGAGGAACCCCAAGAGGGGUAACCCUAAAAAGUAUUGCAAGUACCACCGCAACACUUGCCCCAACAUAGAGGACUGCUACGAGCUCAAGAAUGAGAUCAAGUCCCUCAUCCGCCGUGGACACUUGAAAGAAUAUGUUGGGGGUGACACCGGCGCCUCGUCCUCACAGCAACAACAACAACAAGAUGAGGCCCAAGCCCAUCACACCCUGGCAGGAGUCAUCGAUGUCCUCGCUGGGGGCAUGCCCUCGGGCGGAGCAUCGACCUUAGCCCUAAAGGCGUAUGCCAGGCAAUUCAACAUCCAAGGCCCAACACCCAAGAAGUCAAAGCCAGAUGACGUCAUCUCUUUCUCUAAUGAUGACCUACAAGGGGUUUUGGUGCCCUACAAUGACACUUUGAUGGUGUCCAUGACCAUCACCAACUACAUGGUGAAGAGGAUCCUUGUAGACAGCAGUGCCUCAGCAGACAUCCUGUUCAACAACACCUUUGAGAAGAUGAAGCUAACGUUGGAUCGACUGCAACCGAUUGAUGUGCCAUUGGUCGGCUUCUCUAGGGUCAUUGUCAAGGCAGAAGGGAAGAUCAUCCUACCAGUCAUGGUAAGGGCAGAGCCUUGGCAAGUCACUAGGAUGAUUGAACUUUUGGUUGUGAAGAUAGGCUCCUCGUACAAUGCCAUCAUUGGGAGGCUGACCCUUCAUACACUCAAGGCGACCAUAUCAUCUUAUCACCUCACCAUGAAGUUCCCCACCGAGCAUGGCAUUGGAGUCAUCAGGGGGAAUUAG